GACCAAACCCAGCCUGGCCCAGAACACAGAUGGGACCAUGAACUCCAACUGCAGCUUUAGCCAGAGCCACUCAGCCUCCCUCCAUGGCACAGGAGGAGGCCGGGGCCGGCCUGGAAGCUCACCCCGGGCCCGCAGCGUCCACGGCGGUGCAGGGGGCGUCCACGUCUCUCUUUCCUUCUCCAAGCCAAGCUGCUUGCCUAUGGGAGGGGCCUGGACAUCUCAGAAGGGUGGUCCCCUUCUAGGCAGAACUGGGAAGGAGACCAUGCAAAACCUUAACAACCGCCUGGCCUCCUACCUGGACAAGGUGCGCGCGCUGGAGGCUGCCAACCAGAAGCUGGAGAGCCGCAUCCUGCAGUGGCAUCAGGACAGAGAUUCCGGCAGCAAGAAAGAUUACUCCCAGUAUGAGGAAAGCAUCAGCCACCUGCAGGAGCAGAUCGUGGACGGCAAGGUGGCCAACGCUCACAUCCUUGUGCUCAUCGACAACGCCAGGAUGGCAGUGGAUGACUUCAACCUCAAGUACGAAAACGAGCGCUCCUUAAAGAAAGAUCUAGAAAUUGAAGUGGAGGCCCUGCGAAAGACCUUAGAUGACCUGACCAUCGUCACAACGGAUCUGGAGCAGGAGGUGGAGGGGAUGCGGAAGGAGCUCAUCCUCAUGAAGAAGCAGCACGAGCAGGAACUGGAGGGACAGUCCAUGCCAAAUGACUUCAAGGUCAGCGUGAAAGUGGAUGCGACUCCUGGGGGGGAUCUACUCAAGGUCUUGGAGGACAUGCGGCAGGAAUAUGAGGUUAUAAUGAAGAAGCAGCACCAGGACUUGGACGCUUGGUUCAGAGAGCGGGCGGCGGCCGUGUCCCAGGAGGUGGCCAUACCAGCUGCUGUGCAGGGCCACCAGGGUGACGCCCACGAGCUGAAGCGCACCUUCCAGGCUCUGGAGAUUGAUCUGCAAGCACAACACAGCAGGAAAUCUGCGCUGGAGAACAUGCUGCUGGAGACCCAGUCCCGCUACUCCUGCCGGCUCCGGGACAUGCAGCAGAUCAUUUCCCACCAUGAGGAGGAAUUGCUACAGCUGCGCCACGACCUGGAGCGGCAGAGCAACGAGUACAAGGUGCUGCUGGGCAUCAAGAUGCACCUGGAGAAGGAAAUCAACACCUACCGCCAGCUCCUGGAGGGGGACGGCACGGGGGCAAUGGAAGAAGCCAAGUCCAGCACAAAAGUACCUGCAGCUCCGAAGAUCAAGGCCAUCAUGCAGGAGAGUGUCAAUGGAAGAGUAGUUCUUUCUCAAGUGAAUGAGAUCCAAAAGCACGCGUGAGGCCAAUAAAAGUUUCUGCCCGUUGUAAAAACUAUUCUUUUCCAAUGGAAAGUCCUUGCCUAGAGGCUGAUGGGUGAGUGCUAAAAGUUACCCUUGGAGUUAUCAACUCUGAAAUUUCUAGUACUUUUUCUAUUACAAUCUCAUCAGACUCACCCUAACACUUUUGAUACAUGAUACACUUUUGAAAUUUCCAAGUCAAGGUGUCAAUGUGUGAGUUUAAAGCUCGGCUUCCCUACUGUAGUCUUCAGAUUCCCAUCAGCGCGCCUCUGGUUUGUAGCCAAUAAAA